AUGACCCUGGCCAAAAAUGACCGCCCCGGGCCCGCCGCCAAGAAGCCGAAGAAGGCGGCGAGCGGCUCCAAGGCCCGCAAGCCCGCGGGGCCCAGCGUCACCGAGCUGAUCACCAAGGCCGUGUCCGCCUCCAAGGAGCGCAAGGGGCUCUCGCUCGCCGCGCUCAAGAAGGCGCUGGCCGCCGGCGGCUACGAUGUGGAGAAGAACAACAGCCGCAUCAAGCUGGGGCUCAAGAGCCUCGUCAGCAAGGGCACCCUGGUGCAGACCAAGGGCACCGGCGCCUCCGGCUCCUUCCGCCUCAGCAAGAAACCCGGGGAAGUGAAGGAGAAAGCCCCCAAGAAGAGAGCAGCUGCGGCCAAGCCCAAGAAGCCCGCCAGCGCCGCCAAGAAGGCGGUGACAGCAAAGAACGGCCCCAAGAAAGUUAAGCCUGCAGCCAUGAAAGCAGCGAAGAGCCCCAAGAAGGAGACAAAGGCUGCCAAGCCCAAAAAAGCGGCGGCAGCAGCCAAGAGCCCGGCUAAGGCGAAAGCGGUGAAGCCCAAAACGGCCAAGGCAAAAAAGCAGCACACAAGAAGAAUUAAGUCCCACGUGGAAAUACGCUUGCUUCGCAUUUAA